AAGCACACAAGGAAAACUCGCAGCCGCUACUCAACGACAGACAACCGAAUACAUGCAACCAUUCUUUAGGUCAUUGAAAAAAAAGGCAAGUCAUCUAUCUAUCUCUAUUGAUCUACUUACUACUCUUCGAUCAAUUGAACCUGAUGUACUAGCUCGAGUAACAGAAAUCACCCAUUACAUGCAAAUUCGUGAAUACAUGAAUGCAAAUGACGCAUACUUACGAUUAUCUAUCGGAAAUGCACCGUGGCCAAUUGGGGUUACCAUGGUUGGUAUUCACGAACGUUCUGCACGUGAAAAGAUUUUCUCGGCCCAAGUUGCUCAUGUACUUAACGACGAAACUACUCGUAAAUGGAUUCAAUCGAUAAAGAGACUAAUGACUUUUUGUCAGACCAAAUAUCCGCCAGAUGAUAAUUCACAAUUAAUGGGAUAA